AUGAUUUCGACGAAAACUGAGGUGGAAAGAUUAGCUCAGAUAAACAACGAAUUGUUAGCUGAAGAAAGUCGUACGGAUCUGACUGAAGAUGAACGUGCAGGAAACAAAUUUCUCAUGCGAUGUCUUUCCAAGGACAUCAAUGAUGCUAUUGAGAGUUAUGAGGAGUAUAAAGUGCAAAGGGAGGAUGUCGAUACCGCGCUGGCGGAAAUGCACAAAAAUUUCCCAAGAAUUAUCGAGAAUAUGGCUCUGGAAAUUGUUAGCCCUUUGAAAUGUUUGUAA